CAGAAGUUACAGUUUUGCCGGCCAUAAUUCCAUUAUAAUAGCUGAGACUGUGGCUUUGUGCUUCCACAGUUGGAUUGCAGCAUGCACUCUUGGAACAGGAGUUGAUCUGUUUUGUUGCCAAAUGGAUUCCUUUUUUGGCAAGGUAGACAUUGGCAAAGCAAGAAAAGACCAGAUUUAGCGCACAGAUGGAAAAUCGGAUGGUCUAGAACGGAAGACAUCAGUUGCAACAAUUAACCUCGAUUGAAUGUUUUAAACCCAACAAAAUCCCUAUAUUUGUUUGCAGUAUACCGUGUGACUACGUGACGUGUCACGUUGGAUCGCGAGUCAAGAGCAUUCUGGGGAAAACUUUUGUCCCAUUAGAGGGCAGUAAAACGACAUUUCCCAUGGGCUACUGCGGGAUGCGGGACAAGAAGCUGCACAAGUAAUUCACCUUCAGCUCAGUUUUCUGAAAACAUUAUUUGUGUAUAGAGUUAAUUUCUUGGUCAUUAUGAACGGGAUUAUACACGGCGCACCCACUGCAACAGAGAUCACAUUGAAAAGAGGACCAGCAGGCCUAGGGUUCAACAUUGUGGGAGGUGCAGACCAGCAGUGCGUGCUGAAUGACACUGGGAUCUAUGUAGCCAAAAUUAAGGAGAAUGGAGCAGCUGCACUGGAUGGAAGACUGCAAGAGGGUGACAAGAUCCUGGAGAUUAAUGGGCAUAAGCUGGAGAACCUGUCGCACAGCGACGCGGUGGACCUCUUCCGAACGGCUGGUGAAGACGUGCGGCUCCUAGUGCUGAAGGGCAUGGCGCCCAUGAUCAGUCCCUCGAAACCCCGGCCUGACAACGAAUCAUCUGCCUUCGCCAUUGGAGUGGGUUUCGUCCUGGCAACUGCCGUGAUCGCUGCCUACGUCUGCAUACGCUUCCGACACUCUAUGUGGAAGCGUUAGUACAUAUCCCCUUUUUAUGGACAAAACAAAAGGCAGAAUAAUUUUGCUUAGGGCCAAAAAAAAGAGAAUUGAAACAAACCAAGCCAUUUUUCCUUACGUCACUGUUGUUCAUAUUAUUAUUAUUAUUAUAUAAUUAAUAAUGUUGUGAUAAUCAUAGCUGCUUAACUCAUAUUUUUUUUAAAAAAGUGUUUAUUUUACCUUGCAAAUGGUAGGAGUAAGGUUAAAGAUUUGAGAAAAUAAGACAGACAACACGUGUCCUCUUUCCAUGAAAGGUCUUUAUACAGGCUGGGUAGUUGUGUGUCUCUGGGGAAUAUUUGGAGCGGGGUCAACAGGAAAAGGGGCUCAGAAAAUCAGGACUCAGCAUUUCCACUCCAGUUUUCUGUGUCAGUUGGAGUGUGUUCUGGAACUCAGUUCGAAUUCUCCUCAGCAGAUGUGUUCCGUGGUGAGUUUUGAACUUGCAGCUUUUUGUCUGGUGUUCUGCACAGAAGCUCUUUACAUUUUGUGUUUAUUUUUGUUUCUAGUGCCGUAUUUCCCCAUGAAAAGGUGUAAAAUUAUGUGCAAACAGUCAAAAACUUUGCCCGUUGUAUUGCUUUCUGCAAGGGUCAGUGUGAACGGUUGUUUUGAAGGGGUUCAUUAGACACCUGGGUAAAGAUAAAGGGGAUUUUAACAUUAUGUAGAGAUUGGCUUAAUAGUUUCUGUGUUUUUUUUUUUUUUUUGUUUUUUUUGUGCUUGCAUUACAACUUCUAAUAUAUUAUAAAAACCUAGUUUAUACAUUUUAUUUUUUCCAACCAUAUCAGUGACAGCAGGCUUUGGAAACGAAAUACAUAUAUGUACUUGACAAGUAAAACUGAACUGAUUUCAGGCAAGUGGAAAAAAAAUUCUAAAUAUGCAUGACCGGUAAGCUGUUUGAGUCCUUGUCUUGAUCACCUGUCCUUGCUACCUGGUGAUUUGUUUGCCGAGAUGCACUCUGGGGGGGUCGGGGGGGGGGGGGGAGGGGGGCGAAGGCCUUUAACAGUCCACAGGUUUUUUUAAGUCAACACUUUGCACAACAAAUUUGCGUUGGAUUUAGGUUUCCCUGUUGGAAGGUUUUUCUCUCUCUGCAUGUAUCUAGAAAUAAGUCAUCCUGUAUAGUUUUGUCUGUUGUCAUUAAGCGAUGUCUUGAUAUGAGACGUGAUCAUAGAGUUUUUAACACUUGAUAAUAAUCAGUGUGUAUGCAAUGUGACCAGUGUAUUUUUUUGGUCAGAUUCAGGUUGAAAUUCUAUGCCUUAUGCACAAAUCACUGUUCUCAAUUUAGGUAAUUGUAGAUAAAUUCACACAAUCUGAUACUCCGUGAUUUGUCUUCCUCCAUCAAUGUGCCUGAUUGGCUUGUCAGAGUUUGUAGACAUGUGGUUGACAUCCCAAAGAAUCUAAGGAAUUACACUGGGGUUGAUGUAAUAAUAUUUUGGACAUAUCGGAGAUUAACUGUUAAAUCACGGCACUGUAAUAACUACCAUUAUUAAAGCUUGUUUGUCUGUUGAGCUUUACUGUGAAUUUCUAGCAGGAUUUUCAGUUCAAUUAAAAUGUGCAAUGAACUGUAAAAUGGUAAUCUUGAAAGUGGAGAUAGGCACAGGAUGCUGACAUGUGUUUGUAGUUUGCCCAUGCAAAUAAAAAUGGAAUGUGUGUGUGCAUGCAUGCGUGCAUAAGCACGUUAGUUGGGUUGUGAAAGGGAAUGGCAAGUUGUCACUAACAGUUGAAAUUAUAAAAUUGCAUGUGUGAAGUUGUUGAUUUUUUUCUUCUUUUUUUAAACCAUAUUUUCCACCUAAACAACUUCAAAUCUAAGUGCGGCAUUGUAAUGUUUGUCUUUAAUGUGUGUUGUCCUUGUUGGACCAUAAAGAAAGGGACAAGAAGACAUUAUCCACGGUAAUAUGCACUGUGGCUCGAUCACAUUCAAUAAAAUGAGAGCCUUAAAUUGGAAUUGUAA